GUUUCAGUGCUCGCCAGCUGCUGGACUGUUCCAAUCCCUGCCGGAGUGGAAACACGGGGGGAGGCGCACACUCCUCUCUUUUCUCCCUUUCCCGUUUUUUUUUUAAACCUCGUUGUGCUUUGCUUUUUUUUUCUUCUUUUUUUAAUUUCACCUUUGCUUCUCUUUCUCUAUUCUUUCCGUUUUCCUUUUCUUUCCUCCCUGCCCUCCUUUCCGCUCCGGUUCUUAUUAAACCCGGUCCAUUUGGCUUUACAGCUCUAGUUAUUUAUUUAUUUAUUGUUUUCUGCUUUUAAAAAAAAAUUAUCACACAUACACACACACAAUAGAAUAGAAUAGACGUUUAUCUGUUUUUGUUGUGCCCCAAAUGAGAAGACGCAAACGAUGGAACUGCACAUUUUAGAGCACAGCCUGAAAGUAGCCAGUAUAGCAAAGGAAGGCAUCCAGAUUUGCACUCACGGAUUAAUUAAACUCGCUUUCCUGCCCUCGAAAACACGAUGCAAGUUCUUCAGUUUGACCGAAACCCCCGAGGAUUACACCAUCAUAGUUGACGAAGACGGCUUUAAAGAACUGCCCGAGUCGGAGUAUCUCAGCGUAGCAGAUGCAACAUGGUUAGCUCUCAACGUGGUGUCAGGGGGCGGCAGCGCCACCAGCUCUCAGCCAAUCGGCGUGACCAAAAUCGCCAAGUCCGUCAUCGCCCCCCUGGCCGACCACAACAUCUCCGUCUUCAUGCUGUCCACCUACCAAACCGACUUCAUUCUGGUCCGAGAGAGGGAUCUCCCCAUGGUCAUGCACACGCUGUCCUCCGAGUUCACCCUCCUCAGGGUGGUCAAUGGAGAGACAGUAGCUGCCAACUACUCUGGAGUCACCAACGGUUUUGUCAAGCCUAAACUUGUCCCACGUCCCAUCAUUCACCCUCUCUCCAGUCCCAGCAACAUGUUCUGCGUGACGAGUCUGGACCCAGACACACUGCCCUCUGUUGCCACCCUGCUCAUGGACGUCAUGUUCUACUCAGGAGGAGGGAAGGAGGCAGGGGCACAGAAUGAGGAUUCAGGACACAUCCGCUUCUUCUCCUUCUCCCUGAUUGAGGGCUACAUCUCCCUGGUUAUGGAUGAGCAGACUACUCAAAGGUUCCCCAAUAAUGUCCUCUUUACCAGCGCUUCAGGAGAGCUCUGGAAAAUGGUUCGCAUCGGAGGACAGCCUUUAGGAUUUGAUGAAUGUGGGAUUGUGGCCCAAAUAUCUGAACCUUUGGCAACAGCUGACAUUCCAGCCUACUACAUCAGCACCUUCAAGUUUGACCAUGCUCUAGUUCCAGAGGAGAACAUCCAGAGUGUGAUUGGAGCCUUGAGGACCAAUGAGGGCACCGGACAGUGAGAUCAGACACGAGCUGCUCCGAGUCCCUGCUAGAUUAUCAUUUUCAAAAGUGCCAAGAGCUUUUCGAGGACUGCUGUUGGGGGAGGGGGGGUGUAACGGAAGGGGAGAGAGAGAUAGCUUGGUUGCUUUACUUGCACUCUCCAACUUUUCCAUUCAACUGAUUUGUGCCAAUUCCUGUCCCUCCGCCUCCUGCCCCAGAGCGCAUCCUUUCCUACAGGGACCCUCAGCUUGUGACUGCAGUGUUAGUUUUCCCCGUUUUCUCCCCCUCUGAUCUUAUUCCCCCCUGUUUCACCAUGACGACAAGGCCUACUGAGACACUGGUUGGACCCCCCCCCCCCCCUUCCUCCCCACUACGAUGAUUCCUGAUUCAUUGCAAAUAACCAUCAUGUAUUAGUAACUGGUUUUCUUCUUUAAUAGAAGACUAAGAAUGUAUGCCACAACCGUUUUUGUGUAAAUGUCUGAUCCCACUUCUCUUACUGUGCCAAGUCACUUUAGGCCUAAACUGACUCCUUGAGUGCGUGGCGCUUUUUUUUUUUUUUUUUUUUUGUGCGCAAACUGAAAGGCGAUUUGUUUCAAGUUCAGUUUAUUUGAAGGGGUGGGGGGAGCUGCUUUUUUUUUUUUUUUUUUUUUCCCCCCUUCAUUUGUCCCCGUUUCAUUUCACUUAAAGCUUAUGUUUCUUGUAUCCAAACUACAAUCAGUAGGUUUCUGUUCUCCAGCUCCGACUCGGCGUCAGUUCAGGGCAGAGAUUUAUCAGAUUGGAUAAUCAAACACAUCCAGGCUGAAUGUGGGGGAAAACGUAGUCACUAUAUCUCACUACUACUACUUCGUUUUUAAAUCUAGAGAAUGGAUUGUGCAAUUUACUGUAUACUCCCCCCCCGGACAUCAUCUUCCCCCUUUUCACAUCUGAAGCCGUCUUGUAACCGAAACGAAAGAAAUAGCACACUAUACUUUACUUUUUGACCAAGUUUUUACCGUUCAGCAUUUUUUUUUUUUCUUUCCAAACGACAAGACAUGAGGAAUUACAGUCCUUCAUUGAAUGAAUGUUAGUUGGGGGUCUAAGUGUUAAGGACACGGGCGUUAGUUUAGGCCUUCAACUCUCUCACCCCAGUCUGCACUUUAUUUAAGGUCUUUCCUCAAGAUCUUACUGUUCUUACUGAUGUGAAAAAGUGGGGAAGACUCAUUGCUCCUUGGAAGGAUUUUUUUUUUAAAGGGUCACAUUUGUUGGUCUUAACGCACGAAUGGAUUCCCCCCCCAAUCUGAUUAGCAGAAACAAUGUAUUUAUCAGUGUUAAAAAAAAGGGUGACCUACUUCUUCUCUGACCAUUAAAGAAAUGAAAACGUUA